AUGAGCUCCAGUUCGUAUCCACCGGCUUGUUCGCCGGAUAAGGAGGGAAAAAGCGAAUUGGGGAAUGAGAUUCACUGUAUGGAGAAUAAGCAAGCAACACCAGCUUCUUGCUCUUCAGCAUCUGAAGGAAGUGGCACUUUCUUCCUCAAGUCACCUGAAAUCGUAACCCCUGCCACUUCGUCUCCAACUCAUCGGAGGACUAGUGGACCUAUAAGGCGAGCAAAAGGUGGUUGGACUCCAGAGGAGGAUGAGACACUGAGACGAGCAGUUGAAAAGUACAAGGGGAAGAAGUGGAAGAAAAUAGCGGAAUCUUUCCCAGAUAGAACAGAAGUCCAAUGCUUGCACCGGUGGCAAAAAGUUCUUAAUCCAGAGCUUGUUAAAGGACCUUGGACUCAGGAGGAGGAUGAUCAAAUCGUUGAACUUGUUAAAAAAUAUGGACCUGCCAAGUGGUCUGUUAUCGCAAGGUCUUUACCAGGUCGUAUCGGAAAGCAAUGUCGAGAAAGGUGGCACAACCAUUUGAAUCCUGGGAUUAGAAAGGAUGCUUGGAGCACAGAAGAAGAAUCAGCUCUCAUGAAUGCUCAUCAAAUGCAUGGCAACAAAUGGGCUGAAAUCGCUAAGGUCUUACCUGGGAGGACUGAUAACGCGAUAAAGAAUCACUGGAAUAGUUCACUCAAGAAAAAGUUAGAGUACUAUUUGGCAACCGGUGGCUUGCCGCCGUCAGCAACCAAAUCCAGCGUCCCCAAUGAUUUUGCCGAUGUAGACAGAGAUUCUAAGCAGUUUAGUGCGACUAAACUUUUGAAGGAUUCUGAUUCGCUUGGCCUGACUUCUUCAGAAAAUACAGAUACAAAUGAAGAUGGAAGAGAGCAUAUGUACUCUUCUUCAGAUAUACUUGAGGAAGUAGCUUCUUCAAGAAGAAGUGGUGCUAAUGAAUAUACUUGUUCUCCAUCUGCUGUUGAGUACAAGCCUCAUCACUUGCCUAUUCCGGGACAAAUUUCAGAGAAAUUCGUAAUCAACUCAAAUGCUUAUGUCGAGAGAUCAGUCCAGAGGAAAGAAGAAAAUGGGAUUGGAACUCCAAAGCAUGGGAAUCUGUAUUAUAAGUCUCCACUAGACUUUUACAUUCCAUCAGAAGCGGAUCUGCAACGUAUGUACGGAUAUGAAUGUGGCUGCAGUCCUGGUGCUGCAUCUCCGGUCACCUUAUUUACUCCACCGUGUAAUAAGGACAGUGGUUUAACUGCAACGAGAAGCCCUGAAUCUUUCUUGAGAGAAGCAGCUAGGACUUUCCCAAACACUCCUUCUAUCUUUAGGAAAAGGAGAAAGGUUGUUGUGGCGGCGAAAACAGAUGAUGAUGCUGUUGUUGCUGUUGUAAAUGGUGGAGUUAAGGAAGCUGAUCAAAAGGAAAGCUUUAAGGGCAGUUCAGAGAUUUCUCCAGCUCGGAGCGAAGAUUUGUUGCUAGAGACACCAGGCUGUAGAGAUGAUGACAGUUUGGGGUCAAAUGGAAAUGCUUUUAAUGUGUCUCCGCCAUAUCGGAUAAGAGCUAAAAGAACAGCUGUAGUCAAAUCAAGACAGCUUGAGUUUACAUCUUCAAAAGAGAAGCAGCCAGAGAAUGAAACCGAAACAUCUGAUGAGGAAGACAAGCCUGUGUAG